AUGGGGCAGUCGACGAGGGACCCGAGGGAGCGAGCGGAGGAUGGCUGGACUGUGUGGGAGGCCGAGAGGCCAGACGAAGGAAUUAAAGCUUGUUACGGCGUCUACAGCUGA